AUGGCCUCAGGUAUUGUAUCUUCAAAUGGUCACACCUGGAAGCAGCAACGACACAUUGGUAAUGUCUGCUUGCGGUUGCUGGGAACGGGGGAAAAAAACAUUGAGCACCAAAUUGAAGAUCUAGCCAAGCAGCUUGUAGAAAUUUUUGCACAUACAAAAGGGCAGCCUUUUGAUCCUUCAUUGCCAUUGAUCAACUCAGUUGCUAAUGUGAUGUGUAGUUUGAGCUUUGGGCACCAGUUUGAUCUUGAAGAUAAAAACUUCCAGAAGUUAGUUGAAGAAGCUAACGUCAUUGAAAAAAGAUCUGGAGGAUUUUUUCAUCUGAUGUUUGAGGCAGUCCCAUGGUUGAUGAAACGUCUUCCAGGGCCCCAUCAGAAGGUAUUGAAUGCUGCAGAGUUUAUCCUUUCAUUCGCAAGACAGCAAAUAGAGAAGCACAGACAGCAUUAUUCCCUGCAUGAACCAGAGGAUUUCAUAGAUUACUACCUCCUUGAAAUGGAAAAGAGCAAGAAUGACUCCAACUCUACUUAUAAUGAAGAAAACCUGGCUUGUUGUCUUCUUGAUCUUUUUAUCGCUGGAACAAACACAACCAUCUCUAGUCUGAAUUGGGCACUACUCACCUUGGUAAAUCAUCCAGAAAUCCAAGAAAAAGUCCACAAGGAGAUUGAAGAUGUCUUCGGUUCCUCUGGAUCAAUCUCCUAUCGAGAUCGAAAGGCGCUGCCUUAUACCAAUGCUGUCAUUCAUGAGAUUCUGCGUGCAAAGUAUAACAUAUUAAUAGCCCUUCCCAGACAGAGCACAAAAAAUAUGAGGAUGGGAAAUUUCCAUAUUCCAAAGGGAACAAUUAUUCUUCCAGAUCUACGCUCUGUUCUUCUAGAUCCUGAAGAAUGGGAGACACCUGAAGAAUUCAACCCAAAUCACUUUUUAGACAAAGACGGGAAUUUUAGGUUUCGAGAAGCAUUUCUUCCAUUUGGAGUAGGACGGCGAAUCUGCUUGGCAGAAAAACUGGCCAGAUUUGAGAUCUUCAUCUUCCUAAUCAAUUUACUGAGGGCCUUCAGGUUCCAGCUGCCUGAAGGAAUGAAAGAGAUUGAUGAAACACCUGUAGCAUCUAUGGUGCUGCACCCACAACCUUAUAAAAUCUGUGCUGUUCCCCACUGUGCAUCAUUAUAAAAUGUAAAAUGUAUUAUAAAGCUUUCCUUCUUAAUUGGAUAUCUUGUCGUGAAUUUCAUUCCGCUUACUCUGUUCUAAAGCUUCUUUAGUCUUCUUCUUUAUUCUUCUUUAUUCUAAUUAAGAUUGGUUAAUGCUAGAGCCAGAUUCAAAGAUAAGUUUGACAAUAUCUUUAAAAUAAAGAAGACAAUGCCAUAACUUUGUAUGGGAGGAUAGCAGGAAAGACCCUCUCUGAUGAAUCCAUCUUUUUUUCCCCUCUUUCUAUUUAGUCAUUUAAUUCUUGUCUUUGUCUUAUUUCAUUUCAAAAUAAUACGGUAAUAAAAAGAACCCCACCUUAACAGCAGAUCAAGUUAAAAAACUUUUACUUUCUGUAAAAAUAAAGUAUUUUGCAUCCAA